AUGAGACGUCGAUUCUGGUUUCGGGCUUUCGUCAUUACGGCCCUUCUUGGCAAUGUCUGCGCGCAACUGGAUUCAUUGCCACCAUGUGGUAUUACCUGUGUCAACAAUGUCAUUGCCAAAGGAUUUGGUUGCGCCUCUGGAGACAAUGCCUGCCUCUGUAAACAACAAGACUUCGUGUUUGGUGUUCGCGAUUGCGCCUCGCAAUCAUGCGCCGCAGAUGUAGCACCCAAAGUCAAUGAAUAUGUCGCGGGUCUAUGUGCAACUGCUACGCAAGCACCUCCUGCUUCGACACCGCCUGCGUCAAAUCCGCCGGCUUCUACACCCGCCGUUCAGCAGACAACACCCCCGGCGGUGCUGCCGUCGACUUCUCAGCCGCCUCCGUCGCCAUCAAGCUUGAGCGAGCCGCCGAAACCCAGCGCCGCCGAGACUCCCACUUCCUCUGAAGUCGUCAAAACAACUCCAUCGGAAACCUCUAGUAACCCUGGCACUGAUACUGCUCAGGCCUUCCAGCCGUCGACUGCAGUUCCGACCACCCUCGCCACAUCUACCAGGUCAUUGUCCUCAACCUCUUCGAGGUCGACGUCGACAUCUACCGGAGCUCGCCCAUCGCAAUCCGGCUCAGCCUCGGAGACCGGAGCGGGCAAUCUAGAGAGCGAUGCGGCAGGCCUCUCUUCAUCUGCUAAGAUAGGUAUCGGAGUGGGAGCAGGUGUAGGUGUCCUAGCCAUCGCCUUGGCCCUGUGGCUCCUCAUCAGACGACCAAAGAAUCGUACAAAGUCUAUGCAAAUUUCGGGCCCAAUGCCUGGCUCCGGAAGAGACUACACUGGAGGUUUCAUUGGAAUCAAAGACAAGAAUCACUCGGAGCUGGAGAUGAAGUCGAGAAGGUACGAAGACAUGUUGCCGCGCCAGUCACCCAGGCGUUUCGAGUGA